UGUUGCGCCCUUUUGGUAGAAGUAAGGAGACCCCGUUUCCAGUGACAGAGAGUGAGAGACGGAGCAACAGCAGCAGCGUCUUCCAGAUAGAGACGACAUUCGCGACACAAUUCGACUUCUAACAUCACGUCAAACUUAUCAAUCGAGAUAAUGAAGAAAACCAUAUUCUUCCCAGGAAAGAUGAGAGUGUCUUUCAGGAAGGGUCCAUCAGAGGAGGGUAUGAGAAUUAAAAAAAAAUCCUUCCCUUCAGGACAAGUCUGCCGCUCAGAAGCAUGAGCAUGUGAGGACAAAUGCUCUCACUGAGGUCUUUCAGAGGGGAGGGGAUGUAUCCGACCGACUCGAGGUGAUGGGGGAGUACGUGCUACAGUUCGGAAAGUAUAAGGGGAAACUGUACAGGUGGCUCCUAGAGAAUGACGUCGGCUACACCCUCUACCUGAUGGACAAGGUGGACGAGGAGGAGAGAGGUGGGACCUUCAACCCCCAAGGGCCUAGCAAGGACAGCCUGCUGUCGUUUCUGGACUACGCCAGGAGCUUCCAGGAAAUUAAGGAUCUGAGGAAGUACCUGUGCUCCAGGAAGCCUGCCCCACCAGUGGCGUCAGAGGGGGAACAUACUGUCGGCUUUGGAGCCAGGGCCAGAGACACCUGGAAGCAGAUCUGGGAUAGCAGGGCUGAUGGUUAUGCUGCCUUCGUUUUAGGAGUGAAGUGCAUCACCAACAGCAAGAUGUACAACCUUCAGCAGUACAUCCUCAAGCAGCAGAGGGCUGAGCCCUGUCCACCACCUGCUGAAGGCUGCAUUGCAUCAGCUACCUCCACUCUGACAUCCAGCACUCCAGUGAUGGAGGAGGACGAGGAACUGGAGAGGGCGAUGUUGAAUCUGUCUCCUUCAAAACUCUACACUGAACGAAGGCCACCAGCAGCAGUCUCCAGAGCCCCGGCUGUGUCUACACCAACAGGUUUCUCUCCAGCAGUGUGGAGGGAUAACUCUGUGUUCAACAGAUUUUCCCUGCCAUUACUAUUCUCAACUAGUUUGUUAUUUUGGCCGUGUUCCGGUCUGUUCUGAUGCUUGUGUUAUUCUGUUCUCCAACUAACAUGUCAGCAAUGAUGGUAAGUGUUUUUCCUUUUUUGCAUACUUUUUUUAGACUGUCAUACAAGGAUUUGGCAUUUUAAAUAUUGGCUUAGGAAACCUAGCUUCUUACCCUCUAAGAUAUCAUGCCACACCUUUGAAUGAAAGAUGUGCUUGCUAUAUAUGUAUGCUGUUUCUCUGCUUUACCUGUUUCCAAACACAUAGAGACAUUAUGUUUUUCUAUUUCAAAUACUUGGGAUUCACAAGUUAAUACAACGGGGUAUUUUCAUUCUGUUAAAGAGACAACGGGUAAAGACAGAUUGUGAAGCUUGAAACAACUUAACACUUGAGGAACAUGAC